AUAAAGAUUGGACUAGAGAAGAGACGGAUUAUCUUUUUAAUUUAUGUAAAAAAUAUGAUUUAAGAUUUAUGGUUAUUCUGGAUCGUUAUGAGUAUCCAAAUAAGGAACGAACUAUGGAAAUUUUACAAGUGCGACCAAUGGCUCCCGGUACAGCUGACAAAGGAACCCUUAUUGCAUUGAAUAGUUAUGAUAAAUCUAAAGAAGAAAGACGAAAGAAACAUCUUCGAUUAUUAUACGAAGAAGAAUUAUUAGAGGAAUAUGAACGUAUAGAACAGAAUGAGAAAAGAUUUGCUAAAGAACGAGAAAAUCUUAUUAAAUUAUUUACGAAAGAAAUCAAUUCUUAG